UGGAUGAACAUUUGUAUCUUUUUUUUCCCCCUCUGAGCGCUGAUGUUAUACUAUGCAUUGUGUAUUUACUUUCUAUGGAUUGACUUAAAAUCGUCGACGUUUUAUUGAUCAUAAAAUCAUUUUAAUAACAAAUUUUGCAACCAGAUGUCACCUUGUAAUGUGAAUUAUAUCGUGUCCUAUUCUCACUAAAAGGGUUUAGUAUAUAUACAUGAUGCGGGUUUGAAAGUUAAGCAGGUUUAAAGAUUGAUGAAUUGUGAAUAUUUUUGUUCUUGAGUGAGUUCCUUUCGACCAUAGACCUAGAAGCUUUGUCUGUGUUGAUUAUCCAAAAAUAUUUUACGCUUGGACAGAGUAUGUUACGAAUUCUAUAAAUAUGCUAAUCCAUGUGAUACUUUCAACGAUUUGCAUAUUUUUAAUUAUCAGCUCGUCGGUAAUUAUUGAUGAAGUCAACUGUCAAAGAGAGAAAUCUCGCCAGCUUCUUGUAAAGUCUCACAAUGCGAGAUUUGGAGAUAUUUUGAACAGUUCCGCGUCUGACAGAGGCACUAUCAACCUUGAUCAAAGUGCAUCAAUUAGCGCCGUAACCGACAGAUAUAUCGCUCCGCCGCGGCUUCCCAGAUUUACCCAGACCCGUGAUUUGGAAGGUGUAAAUUCCACUAAUGAUGACAGAGCCUGGAUUUUAGGGAUGUUUAACUUCACCGAUCACCCGCUGCUUUGUCAAAAUAUUACCAAGACACCAAGAGAAGAAGGUAAGGUGUACUGCAAUGCUACGGUUGACCCCUUCUCCUGCUGGCCAGCGACACUUGGUGGUCAUUUUGCAGUUAUUUCCUGUCCGCAAGUCCCGGGGGUAGAUGCUUCAAAAAAUGCAACAAAGUUCUGUUUUCCAAAUGGCACGUGGAUGGAAAAAGCAAAUUACAACGCCUGCCUCACGCACGGAAGCACGGUGGAAAACAUAGACGAAAUUCAAGGGGAACUGGCCACAGACUUCGUCUCACGAAUCAUAUACAAUCUCGGAUUCUCCAUUUCCACUGUUGCGCUCGCCAUAGCACUUUUUAUAUUUACGUAUUUCCGGAGUUUAAGAUGUCUGCGGAACAUGAUCCACUGUCAUCUGAUCGUCACUUUCAUCUUACGUAACAUCAUAUGGAUUAUUAUGCAGCACAGCCUUCUUCCAAUCGUCAACAACCAAGAAACGUGGGCCUGUAAACUGGAGGUAGUUAUAUUCAACUAUGCUCAGAUGACCAAUUUCUUCUGGAUGUUAGUGGAGGGCCUCUAUCUACAUAUAAUCAUCGUGUGGACAUACUCCGCAGACAAAAUCAGAAAGUGGUACUUCAUUGUGCUGGGGUGGGGUAUACCUUUGAUGAUUAUCGCUGUGUGGGUGGCCCUGCGAGUCUAUUCCACUUCAGAACACCAAAAAAGCUCUGCGUUACUUGAGUGCUGGUUGCCGCGUUACUCAUCGUCACAAAGCGAUCCUUUAGAUUAUGUGUACGUGGGCCCCACUCUACUGGUAUUAGGCAUAAAUAUGCUGUUUCUCGCAACAAUUAUUUGGGUUUUAGUGACGAAAUUGAGAGCGUCAAACAGCCUGGAAACAAGGCAACUUAGAAAGGCUGUAAAGGCUACAUUGUUGCUGUUCCCGCUGUUGGGAAUUACGUAUCUCCUAUUUAUUUGGCCCCCCACAGAUCACAAAGCUGUAGUGGAGGCCCACAAAUUUAUCAACACCUUUUUGCAAUCUUUUCAGGGCUUCUUUGUCGCUUUGUUUUACUGUUUUCUGAAUGGAGAGGUAAAGUCCGUGUUAAAGAAGAAAUUCUCUACGCUCCGAGAAAAUCGGACUUUGGCGACUCGAUGUACAAAGACGUCCAUAGGCUGGGCCAAUGACAUCACUAUUCAUAAAGACAUGGGCGCCCUCACCAACGGCGACCAUGUUAUGUUUGCAACCCCCCGUAGUGAAAGGCCUGGAAAGAGAUUGUCCAAUAACAACAGUCGAGAUGAUGAAAUGGAGUCGGAAAAAAUGUUGUAGUGUCCUGUUCUCAAUCGGAAGGGUUGUAUACUACCAUAAGUUAAUGUCUUUAAAUGGUUAUUCAGUCGGCUGAGGGGUGGUACAUGUAUUAGUAUCUAUAAUUGGGACCUAAAGCACAGACACGCGUUAUAGGCGAAUUAUUAUAUCCUAUUACAUAUGUAUAUAAUCAGUGUAUUAUCAAUUAUCGAAAAAAAAAGUUCAGGACUAUAUUUCGUGAAUUUCAUGGCUGACUCUGUGUAUUUCACGAUUGUGUGCAAAGAGAAGAGGAAGAAGGCUUAUAUAGGCGCUGCCUGCUGCCUAAUCCUUAUUAUGUUAUUCAUAAUAAAGACUGUUUAAAUUAAGAUUGUGUGUAAAGAUUGAGAAUGUAAGAAUACCGGUAUGUAAAGUGCACCUGUUUUUUUAUUGCGUGUAAUAUUAGUUUAACACAUGUUGCUAUAGUAUAGUAGCGGGUCUUGAGGGGGUUACGGGGGUUGCAAAUAAAAAUAAAGUAACUUUUUGUCAUUUUUGUUUCAUCAACACCUCCUUUCUUGGGUGGCAAAGGACUUUGAGUAGCACCCAACCCCCGGAAAAUUUUCUGGAUCCGCCACUUCUGGUACAUAUAUAACAUUUGUACAAAUGCAAUACAUAUUCUUCUCAAUUGAUGUAUGUCAUUCGCUCGAUACAUUAAUUUUGGUUCAUUAAAAAUGCUUUUUUACAGAAUGUCUUGUCUACGCUGAAUAGUCUCUUGGUGUGGUAAUUUGAAUUUGCUUCAAACCUGAUUGGAUCUUGUGAAGUACUCUUAAUUUUGUAUUCUUUAUUAAAUAUAGGAAUUAUGA